UCGCACUCCGUUGCCUCGGACAGCUACGCAGUCGCGGCGCAGAGCUGACGAAUCCCCCUCAACUGGCGCAAACACAACAACCUGCAAACACGCUCUUGACCGGCCCUUUUGACUACCAGGAAACUUCAAGGACGAUUAUUGCUACCAUUUACGAGCUUGUAUGACCCUCAAAACGGCUCAUAUAGUCCCGUCCCACCCUCAUUUGCACACUGACACCUACCCACCAAAGGCAAGACGUGCUACCCACCAUGUAUAGCAAUCGCUCCCAUCCGCUCCUCGAGCAGGUCCCCCUGACCGUCUCUCCGUUCAUCUCCCUCCCCGCAGCCACAACGCUCUCCUACAACUACAAGGCCAUGCCCUCAGCUCUCCCUCCCUCGGCAACAGGCGUUCCCGCUGCCGUCACCGAAGAUGCGGCAGCUAGUAAUACCUCGGCGAAUAAACCAAAGUACGUGAUCUCGCAGUCGGGACACGCAGCGCAUCCGGAUGAUAUCAUCGCCUCUUGUCGUGCGCUACAAGCACACAUCACAAAGAUGCAAGAGGACGCCGAGCGUGACCUACGGGACCUCGAGAAUAGGAUAAAAGAGCGGGAACUGGCCGAGAAGAGGAGGGUUGCGCCCGGUUGGCUAGACAGUGAAGCCCGGAUACUCGAGCCGGAAAAGGUGGGCGGACCAUCCGAGGAGGAAGCUGGGCAUCAGACAUCAGCGAUAGCGGGGACCAGCGAGAUGCCGCUGAACGACCAGGGCGCGGAACUAGACAGGGUGUUUGGCGGGUUGAGCAUGAAGUGAACCAAAUGCGACUGAUUACGAUCUCUUGCUUUACUCGCCGGCGUUGCGCCUCAUUUCACAUGACGGGUUUUAUCGUUGCCAGAUCCGGGCCUGGUUGAGAUAGCAAACCAUCUGCAUGAGGGGAAUUGGGUAAUGCUAUGGCACUGUGCCGAACCUGCAAUAUGGAGCCGCUCGUGCGAGCCUGGUCUGAGGCCAAGGCAAGCUAGCUAGCCUUGCUAGAGAGGUGUCGCCCCAACGCUUGUACAAAGUCGACAAUCUACGACUUGAUGCAGUUAGAAUUGUGCAAAGCCUUCUACCAUAUGCACGCUGAGCUACUUCUAGGAAAUGGGAACAACUGGCAAGUGGCCUGCCUUCCAGCAUCCCGAAUGAUACUCAGGACUCAGGAGUCUAGAUACUCAUACGAUUAAUGAACUUCUUUCAAACUC